AUAAAAACCAGACAAUUCUUAUCUCGACAACGAGUAUUUAAGACACAAUCAUCAAUUUCGCAUUCAGUUUGACUGAAAUUGUGGAGAAUGGCGCAUCGUUUGAUCUUUUUGUCCAUUUUGUAUGGGCAUUGUUUGUAUUCCGGGUUGUUCGGCAUCUAUUCAAAGUAGCGCCAAUAAAGCGCCAUUUCUUGCCUACCCUUGUGAUGAGGAUUUAUUGAAGAGCGCGGUCAACAAAGUGGAGGAGCUCUUGAGCCUCAAAUUAGAGAGUAUGCAAGGCGAAUUAAUGGCAAUGAAAGAGCAGCUUGUCCGUGAAAUAAAGGAAAUAAAGAAGAGUCAGGAAUCUGUGCCACCUGCAACCAAGAAACCAUCUUCUUGUACCGAAGCGAUGCGUCAAGAAAACGGGAAAUAUGCAGAGAGUGGCGUUUAUGAACUUUAUCUGCCUGAAUUUCUUCAUCACCCUUUCAAUGUUUAUUGCCUACGCGAUCCCAAUCGCGGUGAACCAUGGACUAUAAUUCAACGUCGACAAAGCAACGACACCGACUUCUAUCGUGGGUGGAUUGAGUAUGAACACGGUUUCGGCAACUUGAAUGCCAAUUUCUUUCUCGGCUUGGAUAAAAUACAUGCAUUGACUCAUUCGCGAUCUCAUCAGCUUUGGAUUCAAUUAGUAGAUUUUGAAAAUCAGAAAAGUAUUGCCAAGUACGAGAGUUUCGCUAUAGGCAAUGCUCAAGAUAAGUAUGAGUUAAUUGCGCUUGGACAAUAUUCAGGCACGGCGGGCGACUCGUUUUCUUAUCAUAGCGGUUCAAAAUUCUCCACUAAAGAUAGUGAUAAUGACAAAAGCAGUGGUAACUGUGCAGUAUAUUCUAAGGGAGCUUGGUGGUAUAAGAAUUGUUAUGACAGCACUCUGAACGGUAUAUAUUUAGGAGGAGAAUAUCCAAAAAGUCAGGAAGGCAGAGGCGUAGUGUGGCGUACCUGGCGUGGAGAAUUCUACUCCCUCAAAUAUGUACUUAUGGCUAUAAGACCAAAGUAUUAUUACUGAGAUGUUGAUUUGAUAUUGAAAACCAUAGGCUUCAUUUAGUUUUAAACAUUACUGAGGUUAAGGCUGUUUUAUAAAACUUUUCAUAUUCUAUUUAGAAACAAAUAAUAUAUUAUUUGAAAAAAGACUGUUCCUUUUAUUUCUAAAAACAGUAUAGGGUAUGAAAGUAAUCUUGGAUUAUUUCAAUUCCAGAAGAAAGCAAUUGUUUCAUAAUAUAAUUUACAUUUGUAUGAACAUUGUGACAGAAAAGCACCAGGAAAUUUGAAUUAAGUUCUCCGGUUAAUUCAUGUUUUCAAAAAAUGUAUUUUGCUAAGUUGGUAGGACUGUCUGUAUUUACUGCUUACAGCAGCUGCUUAAAGGAUCAUCUCAGUGUGAAACUUUCGAGAAAUCGAUUCUGCAAUCGAUGUUGCAUUAUCAGAUAGUACACAAUAAUAAACAUUCUCUCAAAUUUUGAAAUCGAAAUUCAAAUAAUUGCGUUAGCUCCAACGUUUUUUGUAGAAAGGGAACAGAGUGGGGAACAGAGCAACUCCAAUCUUUAAACUCAGAAUGGUAUUUUUCGAAACGUUAUCCACUCUCAAAGGAAGAGUUGUAAAGAUAUCUGGUUCCAAUUUGGAGAGAAGAUUUUUGAGAUCUUCCUCUUUUUUAUGUGAAGACAAACAAAAGGACCAAAUACUAUAUUUUUUGUUCAAACUGCCGCCGAUUUGUGAAAUUUCUUUAUGAAAUUUUUUUUGGAUCAAAAUUACGGCCGCAAUCGUGGACAUCGUACAGGACAUUUUCUUACGUGUCAUUUCAACAAUUUAGUUAACUAUUAUACACCCAAUAAAUAAACAAAUUGAAAAUGUUAAAAAGGCUUUUUGUGGUUUAGUUUUAUCAAAACCACAACCCUAUGAGUGGGACCAAGCCUUCAAAGACGGAUCUUUGAAAACUUGCCUCGUUCUGGACAACAUUCGCCUAGAGAGAUGGCUAGAGAGCCCGACAUCUUUCGCGAGUCCGUUCCGAUGACUUUGAAUCAUGAAUUUGUUGCGGAGGUUCAGUGGAAUUCUAUGUGGGCGUAUUGAGGCGCAUUGGGACGAUUAUAUGCACUUACGCCACUAUUGUGACCGAAUUUAAAGCCAAAAACGCAAUGAAUAUCAUCGAUCAACCACGGUAUUCACCAGAGUAAGCUCAGUUUAUUAUAAUAUAUUUAAGUAAUGUGUAUUUAUAUUGUACUUAGGUCUGGUCACAACAGCUGAUUGUUUCGAUACAACUCUGGGUAAAUUUGUUCCUUCGUGACGUAAAAGAUCAGAUGGAGGGACUAAUUGUGGCAAUUUUAUUUUACAACGUAAUCUUUAUAUAUAUAUAUGUAUAUACGAGUAUAAGUAAGUAUGUCUGUAUGUUCUGGGUAGGCUGAUCUGAAGAGCGGCUACAACGUGAGGAAGCUCUGCGCACAUUAGAGUGACUGCGAAGUCAGGUCAUAUUCUCCUUGGCAUUAAAAAAUCUAGUUAAUCAAAGUGAGAAUAGAUGUCGCGCACUUAGCAGUAAUACUUGUAUGUGACUAUCACCAAAGGUCAACACAAAAAAAGUGCACGAUCACAAGGCAUCCGAUGGUUGCGAAAUCACAAAUACUAUUAUGGUUGCUUUCAGAAAUGUUCCACAUAUAAUACAGGACCAAUAUUAGUCAAUAGGUGAAGCCGUUUUCGAGCUUUGGCGAUACUAAUCAACACCAACUAAUUUUUAUAUAUGAGUAUAUAGAUUUUGUUAUUCCAUAUUUUCUUAUUAUGCAUUUCAAUCUUAAAAUCAGCUUGCUUUUCUCGAGUUUUGGCGAGAAAAACGAAGAAUAAAUAUUUCCAUGUUUUCUCGCCGUUUAAGCCUUUCCUGGAUUUCCACGAAUAUUUCAGACUAAAAUUAGCCAAAUCAGUGAAAACAUGGCAUAUUUGCUGUUUGUUGAUGUUCAUCUUCGAUGCGUAUUCAAACAAUACUAAGUCAAAGUAUUGCAAACAUGUCUGAGAAGUAUUUUGUUGGUUCUGUAUUUACUUCUCAGCUAUGACGACAAGUGCGAGAAGAAACACAAAUUGGUGUUAUUUAGAUCUUCCUUUAGCAGAUUUCGUAGCAACUUAUUAUACAUAGCUCAUUGUUGACAGUCAUAACUUUGAAGUCGUAGAUAGUUUCGUCUAUCUUGGAACCAGUAUUAACACCAACAACAAUGCCAGACUCGAAAACCAACACAGAAUAACUCUUGCCAACAGGUGUUACUUCGGACUGAGUAUGCAAUCGAGAAGUAAAGUCCGCUCUCGCUGAACAAAAACCAAACUCUAUAAGUUACUCAUCAUCCCCGUCGUGCUAUACAUAUAGUGCAGAGACAUGGACGAUGACAACAUCUGAUGAAUCAACGUUACGAGUUUUCAAGAGAAAAGUUCUGCGAAAGAUCUAUGGCCAUGGUGAAUACCUGAUUCGAUGGAACGACGAGCUGUAUGAGAUAUACGACGACAUUGACGUAGAUCCGCGAAUUAAACGACAGUCUCUACGCUGGCUACGUCAUGUCGUAAAAUUGGACGAAAACACCCCUGCUCUUAAAGUAUUCGUACCAUCCGGGAGAAGCAGAGGAAGAGGAAGACCACCACCCCGUUGAAAAGACCAAAAGGAAGACUGUUGUUAACUAGACUAUAACCGCAUAAGAGGUGUCUACGCCAGUGCAGAAGGAGACUGAGAGUGUACACGAAGACCAUGGAGAGUAUAUUCGACGCCAUUCACAGCAACUCGGACUGAUAUAUGGAACGAAUUGGCGAAUUUUAUAUCGAGAUCUUAUUUUGAAAGCUUAGAAAAUAAAGCUUGUGCAAGAACUGAAAUCGAUCUACCUUUCCAAGCAACAUCGCUUCGCACUAUAGGCUCUUGAAAAGUUUCAAGAAGAUGCGACGUUUUCGAGCCAAACUUUGUUCAGCGAUGAGGCUCUAUUCCAUCUCUAUGGGUUUGCAAACAGGCAAAAUUGCCGAAUUUAAGACGAAGAAAAACCUAAAAGGAAUGUGAAAUUAUUUGAAUUGAAAAUUACAAAAAAGUGGUAGGUAUAAGUUAUGAGUUUUUAUUCAAGAAGUGAGGCUACUGUUUGGUCAGAAGCAUGUCACUAUGCAAAAUCGGACAUGACCAUGAAUUAGGCUAUUCACCUUUGCGAGAGCACCGCUUACGCAUAUGCACAUCAAUUCUUACAUUCAUAUACAUAUGUCACAGUUUUCUAUGAUACGUACAAAUUGCAUUUUUUUAUGUUCUUACUAUCGCUUGCACAUUGCAAGCAGAUAUACGUACAUAUAUACAUACACAAACAUACGUAUUACAUACCUACGUCCUCAUAAGCAUAUACGCACAAGCUUACAUAGCUAAUGAGAAAAUUAGGCACAAGAAGGGAUAAAAACCGGUGCUAGCAUAAUAUUAAGGCAUUAUUAGUAAAGCAUUAGGAGUACUAAAAGUGUAAAGAAAACUUAAAUUAAAUAAAAUCAAUUUGUUAACUGGACAUUAAUUUAUGAUUGGGCUCCUACAGCCACCUGCAACCAAGAAACCAGCAUCGUGCACCGAAGCGAUGCAACAAGAAAAUAGGAAAUAUGCAGGGAGUUGGGUUUCUAUGUUUAUUGCUUGCGUGACAAAGCAAUGACACCGACUUCUAUCGUGGGCGGUUUCAAUAUGAACACGGUUUUGGUGAUUUGAAUGUCAAUUUCUUUCUCGGCUUGAAUAAAAUACAUGCAUUGACUCAUUCGAAAUCACAUGAGCUUUGGUUUCAAUUAGAGGAUUUUGAAAAUGCGCAAUAGGAUACUGUUUAUCUCUUUAUGUUAAAAUUUAAUACAUUUCACAAAUACAAAAAUUAUAUUUCAAAUCAUAAGCUUUUCUUAAAAAUUCAUGUAAGAAUCAAGUGAAAUUUUUAUGACUUCACAAAAAAAAAAAAUAAAAAAUUUGUAAAAAAAAUAACAACACAGAGCUAAUGCGGCAGAACACUAAUUUUCGUAUCCACGUAUACUUAAUAUACAUAUGGAUUAUACUGAUUGUCGCUUCUGAACAAGGCAGUUUGUUUUUAGGACGCACCCGUCUGAUAUUUUUAAUACCAAAAAAUGCCAUUGACAUUUUCGACGUCAGGGCAUCGCGGCUACUUUGCUAGAUUAUGGGCAAAAGACGUGAUUGCAGUCAUAACAAACCAAAUGUUAGAUAUAAAAAAUAGGAUAAUAACUGCAGUGUUGAAAAAGAUCUAUUGCAAUUUGACAUAUACAGAAAUAUUUUUGAAGCAUUGUACAACGCAGUGCAAUAUUUAAACGGAAACGACGAAGUAUGUAUAUGCGUACAAUUUCAAACUGAUCCUUCCUCAAAAAUAAUAAUAUUGCUCAAUAUUGCUAAUGGUAGAAUAGAAUGGAUCAUAACAGGCUCAGUAAUCAGUCGAUGAAUAUUAUACCACGCGCAUCGUAAAAGACUGAUGCCAUAACCUUAUCAGCCGACUUUUUCGUCUUUCUAUGCUUAUGAACGUAAUGUACACUAGAGUGACUGUCGAUUGGACUCUAGUGUGAAAUGAUUGAGCCAUGUUUCCAUUGCCACACACCGACGCAAAAAUUCGGUUUUAUGACGAUUAAAGAACACACAAACAGUACUGCUUUCAGUGUUCU